AUGGGCUCUGAACUGGUUGGUUUGCAUUUGAAAAGUACACUCACGGAUGAGUUUACCAUCUCUAGGAAUUCACUAACCUCUGGAGGAGUAGUCGCUCCAGGGUCAGCAAGGCCUCAGAUGUUAAAGUUAGAGCGGCCAGUCACGUCUGAUCAGCAGAAUCAUCUCGUGGUGCCUCGAGUCCAUAUUCCGAAUGACGACGCACAGUUUGAUGCUUCCCACUGUGACAGUGAGAAGGGUGAAUUUGGUGGCUUUGGUUCUGUAAUAGGAAAAAUUGAAUGUGAAAUGAAAGUUAACCACGAAGGAGAAGUAAACCGUGCUCAUUACAUGCCGCAGAAUCCUCACAUCAUUGCUACAAAAACUCCGUCUUCUGACGUGCUGGUCUUUGACUAUACAACGCAACCUGCUAAACCAGACACAAGUGGAGAAUGUAAUCCUGAUCUUAGGUUAAGAAGCCACCAAAAGGAAGACUGUCUUUUUUGGAAUUCUAAUUUGAGUGGACAUCUCUUAAGUGCAUCUGACGACCAUACUGUCUGUCUGUGGGAGAUUAAUGCAGGACCCAAGGAAGGCAAAAUUGUAGAUGCUAAAGCAAUUUUUACUGGCCACUCAGCUGUUGUAGAGGAUGUGGCCUGGCACCUGCUGCACGAGUCAUUGUUUGGAUCUGUUACUGAUGAUCAGAAACUUACGAUAUGGGACACCAGGUCCAAUACCACCUCCAAGCCGAGCCACCUGGCUGAUGCCCACACCGCUGAGGUCAAUUGCCUGUCGUUCAAUCCCUAUAGCGAGUUCAUUCUCGCAACUGGCUCUGCAGAUAAGACUGUAGCUUUAUGGGAUCUGCGUAAUUUAAAAUUGAAACUCCAUACCUUCGAAUGUCAUAAAGAUGAAAUUUUCCAGGUCCGCUGGUCUCCACGUAACGAAACUAUUCUGGCUUCAAGUGGUACUGAUUGCCGCCUGAAUGUGUGGGAUUUAAGCAAAAUUGGAGAACCAUCAGCAGAAGAUGCAGAAGAUGGGCCUCCAGAGCCCCUGUUUAUUCAUGGAGGAGACACCGCCAAGUUAUCAGAUUUUAGUUGGAACCCCAAUGAGCCUUGGGUCACUUGCUCGGUGUCUGAGGAUAACAUCAUGCAGAUAUGGCAAAUAGCUGAAAAUAUUUACAAUGAUGAAGAGUCAGAUGUCACAGCAUCGGAACUGGAGGGGCAAGGAUCUUAA